AUGCCUUCGUGGACUGACGGCCACGCGUACCCGAGUCACCCAGCUUCCAAGGUUAGCAGCCUGGAAACUGAUGUAACUAAAGCUCCUAUCACUAGAAGUGUGAAUAAGGGCGGUGGAGGGCAGCGGGCUGGCCCUCUUCGGAGCCGUCCGGAGGUAGAGCCCGAUGGGGUCAGCUGUGGGGCGAGCGGCACAGCCCCCCGAGAUGGCACCGUAAGCCCAAUUUCGAAUACCUCAAGAAGACUGAGAAGAAGUAUCAGCUUGGAUGGAAUCAGAAGCCGUCCCGCUGAACUUCCAAGGCGAGAUGGGAGAACGCGCUGGACGAAGGAGGAGAAUAUCCUCAUAAUGCGUGUUCAUUUCAUAGCAAAAGAGCUUCAAGGAACAACAAAUAGAACGUACCGGGAAAUACUAACCACCACUUGGAAUGAAAUAAAUCCAAGUAAGCUAUCAUACCCGAAUUUGCUAUCGAACAGAGUAAGAUGGAUUCUUCAAGAGGAGAAGUUCUCGAGUGUCGAGCUCGAAGAAAUUAAGAGAAGUACAAGACCUUUUGCUCCACCACCCAAAAAUGAGACCAGAAACUCAGAGGAAUUACCACCAGAGCCUCAAAUUCCAAUAAGACCUCAAGUGGGAAAGACAGAGCGAGUGUUCCAUAAAAAUAAGCUGAUGUACACAAAGGUCCCACCCGAACUUAGACCAAAAAUUCCGAGACUGCAAGGAUCACGUAGAAUCAUUGAGAGCGUAGAGAAAGUAAAUGCGAUCAUAAAAUCUGAAAUAAAGUACAACUCAACCCUCGAAGAUGUCCUAGACUAUGUGUACGCCGGUGCGAUAACUGUAUGCGAGGAGAACGACAUCAGGAUAAAUCACACACAGCCAAAGCCAGCAGAAAAUAGAACACCACCGUGGAAGAUCCGACUGGAAGGAAAAAUAACGAACAUUAGAAAAAAGAUAGGAAAAAUACAUACUUACCUCAAUACCAGUUCGCCAACCAGGAAAAUGGCCAAAAAGAUCGCAAAAAUUGCAUCGGAGCACCACAUCAGGAACACCAAUGAACAGUUCAAGGAGCAACUCACUGUAGUAAAUGACAUCCUAAAACAAAAAGCCAAAGCGUUAGGAAACCGAAUAAAAAGAUACAAUGAGAGAGUCACCCGCUAUAAAAACAAUCAGUUGUACUAUAAAAAUCAGAAACAAUUCUACAGGCAACUUGAAGGAAUAAAGAAAACCGAGGAAGAAUUUCCGACACCCGAAAGCAUGCACAAAACGUGGGAAAAAAUCUGGAGCAGCAGCGGAGAACAUAAUGAUGAAGCUUCCUGGAUACGGGAAGCAGAGGCAGAAUCAGACAAAUACAACAUGGAACAGAUAAACAUCACAGAAAACGAUAUAAAAACCGCACUAAAGAAAACCAACAACUGGUCUGCACCGGGACCUGAUGCGGUUCACAAUUACUGGUGGAAGUAUUUCGACUCUACCCACAAAAGACUAGCUGAAAUAUUCCAGAGAGCACUAACAGACCCAACAUGUAUACCAGAAACCUGCACACUCGGAAUCAGCCAUAUGAUCCCCAAGGGAGCUAAGAACGGAGACCCCACCAACUACAGACCAAUCACAUGCCUGCCGGUAAUCUAUAAAAUACUGACAGGAAUAGUGACACAAAAGAUCUGGGACCAUGUGGCUAAGAACAGCAUAUUGGCCCGGGAACAAAACGGAUGCCGGAGGGAUGUGAAAGGAUGCAAAGAGUUGCUGAUCAUUGACUCCCUAAUAACAAAACAGGCAAAGAAAAAAUUGCGGAGCCUUUCCAUGGCAUGGAUUGACUACAAGAAAGCCUUCGACUCAAUACCACACUCUUGGCUACUAAAGACAUUGGAGCUAUAUGGAGUGUCGGAGGCUGUGGUCAAUCUGCUGAAACACCUCAUGGGAACAUGGAGGACAAAAUUACACGUUAACACCAACGAGGGCGACUACACGACAGCCGAAAUCAAAAUCAAAAGAGGACUCUUCCAGGGCGACAAAUUGAGCACUCUAUGGUUCUGUCUAGCGAUAAACCACCUCAGCAUAUUAUUAAAUAGGUCAAGAUAUGGAUAUAUAGUAGAAAAGAGGAAUAACAUCAAGAUCAACCACCAACUGUAUAUCGACGACCUGAAACUGUACGCAGCAAAUGAAGAUCAACUGCUGAGACAGCUCAAGAUUGUCGCAUCCUUCACUGAAACCAUAAAAAUGGAAAUGGGCCUGGACAAAUGUGCGGUGCUGCACAUGAAAAGGGGGAAACUGAUAAGUGGAGAAGCGAUGACACUAUGCGAAGAGGAUAACAACAUCACGGCAUUAAAUCUGGCCUCAAGAAAUCUCCCAGCGGAACCCCCUAACAUCAGCGAGUUGUCCGAGAUCUGGCAUGGAAAAGCACUCCACGGAAGAUACCCCAAUGCCCUAAAAAGAAACAGAAUUGACAAAGAAAGAUCUGUGAAGUACCUCAAAGCAGGUUACCUGUUCCCGGAGACAGAAGGCAGGUUGGCGGCCAUCCAAGAUCAAGUGGUUCCCACAAGAGCAUAUCAGAAAAAUAUUUUGAACAAAAACUUACCAUCAGACAAAUGUCGGAAGUGUUCACAGGCGGCGGAGACGAUACAGCACGUCACGUCGUCCUGCCCAAUCCUUGCUCCUAGGGAAUAUACGGACCGCCACAAUGCCAUGGCAAAGGCAUACCACCAGGCCAUUGCCUUAAAAAAGGGUUAA